GUUUAUAACUGGGACUGCAACCUUCUCCUCGACAGCAUGUCGGGCUGGACUUUACAGCAGUGGCUCGAGGGAGAAACGUCUAGUUCAAUUCUAGCAAGGUACGGUUGAAUGCUUCAAAUUUUAAAAAUGGGUGACAGAAACGAUAGAGUCCCCAUGAUGACACGCAGAACAAGGAGAACCACCAUCUGCGCUACGCCAGCGGGUGCCAAUUCUAAACAAGCUAACGGUAGCGCAGGGGAAAAAACUUCAAGCCAACCGAGCCACAGCAACCGGAAAGUGAAGGAGGAAAAAGGGGUGCACGAGCCGGUCACGACACCACGCAAGGAGAGGAGCAAAACCAGCGAAAGAUUUAGCUGCCAUGUCCUCCAGGAGUCCCUGCUCAGCUCAGCCAGUGGCUACAGUAACUAUAGAGGCAUCCUCAACUGGUGUGUGGUCAUGCUGGUCUUGUGCAAUGCACGCCUUUUCCUGGAGAAUCUAAUAAAAUAUGGGAUACUGGUGGACCCCAUCCAAGUGGUUUCACUGUUUUUAAAAGACCCAUAUAACUGGCCUGCAUCUUGCCUUGUCAUUGUUUCGAACGUGUUCAUAAUGGCAGCUUUGUACACGGAGCGGAGGCUAUCAGUGGGCACCAUCUCAGAGACUACUGGAACAUUCCUUUACUUGGUCAAUCUGACCACCCUCCUCUUUUUCCCAUCAGCCACUGUGCUCACGCUGACCUCCAUUACCCCAGUGGGUGGAGCCUUUGCCCUGUGUGUCUAUACCAUCCUCUUCAUGAAGUUGUACUCGUAUAAGGAUGUGAACAUGUGGUGUAGAGAGAUUAGGCAUACCAAAGCCCGCACCCUGACCCGCUCCCAUUCAUGUCCUUCAGUCGCCCAGUCAAAUGGGUCAGCUGUACACGCUCAUGUGUCCUACCCUGGGAAUCUCACACACAGAGAUAUAUAUUACUUUGUGUUUGCCCCAACUCUCUGCUAUGAGCUGAACUUCCCCCGGUCACCACGGAUACGCAAGAGCUUCCUGCUCAGGAGACUCUUUGAGAUGCUGUUCUUCAUACAGUUACAGAUUGGAUUGGUACAACAGUGGAUGGUGCCGACUAUUCAGAACUCCAUGAAACCAUUCCAGGAUAUGGACUUUUCCAGAAUGAUCGAGCGCAUGCUGAAACUGGCUGUUCCCAAUCAUUUAAUCUGGCUCAUCUUUUUCUAUUGGUUUUUCCACUCUUCCAUGAACUUCGUAGCUGAGCUGAUGCGGUUUGGCGACAGGGAGUUUUACCAGGACUGGUGGAACUCUGAGACGGUCACUUAUUUCUGGUCUAACUGGAACAUUCCUGUGCACAAGUGGUGCCUCCGCCACUUUUACAAGCCUCUCAUGGGGAGAGGUGUGAAUAAGUGGGUCGCUCAGACAGCCAUCUUCCUGGUCUCCGCCUUCUUUCACGAGUACUUGGUGAGCGUUCCUCUGAAAAUGUUCCGACUGUGGGCGUUCAUGGGCAUGAUGUCUCAGAUUCCACUCGCCUGGUUCGUCGGCCGUUUCCUGAGGGGUAACUAUGGUAAUGCGGCAGUCUGGAUCUCGCUCAUCAUUGGCCAGCCCAUCGCCGUACUGAUGUAUGUCCACGACUUCUACGUAUUACAUUACGUGUCACAAUCAUGAGCAGUUGGCCAUAAGCAGAGGAGCAAUAUAUUCCACUAAAUAAGGAAAAAUGUUUAUUUUGAAAGGGAAAUGUUUUAUAUGAAGCUCAACUGAUUAGUAAGAAUGUACUACAAAAAGUUUUUGGCCUUCAGUUUCUCGAAUGCACUGAUACACUACAGAGACACUUGGCUCUAGUCCAGUCAUGUGCAAUUGUUGUGAAACACUACCCUGCCAAAGCUAGAGAACAUUUGUAUGCCUUUUCUCUGUUUCUUACUUUAAUAGUCUACAACUAUGAAGAUCAAUGCAAAAAACUCUACAGUACCUGUCAAGUUUGGUCUCAUUCAAGGGUUUUUCCUUUUUUUUACUAUUUUCUACAUUGUAGAAUAUUAGUAAAGACAUCAAAACUAAUAACACAUGGAAUCAUGUAGUAACCAGAAGUGUUAAACAAAUCAAAGUAGCCACUCUUUGCCUUUGACAGCUUUGCACACUCUUGGCAUUCUCUCAACCAGCUUCACCUGGAAUGCUUUUCCAACAGUCUUGAAUGAGCUCCCACAUAUGCUGAGCACUUGUUGGCUGCUUUUCCUUCUCUCCGGUUCAACUCAUCCCAAACUCUCAAUUGGGUUGAGGUUGGGUGAUUGGAGGCCAGGUCAUCUGAUGAAGGACUCCAUUCUCCGUGGUCAAAUAGCCUUUACACAGCCUGGAGGUGUGUUAGGUCAUUGUCCUGUUGAAAAACAAAUGAUAGUCCCACUAAGCGCAAAUCAGAUGGGAUGGUAUAUCGCUGCAGAAUGCUGUGGUAGUAAUGCUUGUUAAGUGUGCCUUGAAUUCUAAAUCAAUCACUGUAUCACCUGCAAAGCACCAUCACCUCCAUGCUUCACGGUGGGAACCACACUUGGAGACCUUCUGUUCACCCACUCUGCUUCUCACAAAGACACAGCGGAUGGAACUAAAGUCUAAAUUUGAGAUUUCCACCGGUCUAAUGUCUGUUGCUUGUUUCUUGGCCCAAGGAAGCCUCUUCUUAUUGGUGUGGGUCUUUGCAGAAUUUCUUUAACUUUUAAUCAUGCACACCUGUUAAUUGAAAUGCAUUCCAGGUGACUACCUCAUGAAACUGGUUGAGAGAAUGCCAAGUGUGCAAAGCUGUCAAGGCACUUUGAAGAAUCUCAUAACGUAAUUCAAAUAUAGUAACACUUUUUGGGUUACUAUGUUAUUCCAUAGUUGAUGUCUUCACCAUUAUUCAACAAUGUAGAAAAUAGUAUAAAUAAAAACCCUGAAAUGAGUAGGUGUCCAAACUUUUGACUGGUACUGUACACCUAUCAAUAUGCUGUUUGUCAUGCCUUUGAGUAUUAAGUUGUGUAUUUCAUGUGGCUGCAGUAAUAACCAGUCAAGUGUUUGGGUGAAUUAUACCUUUAAUCUGUUUGCACAAAAAUGCAUGGUGUUUUCCAAGAAAUUAGUGCUCUUUGAAUGUAUCUGCUAAAGAAACAUGGUCCUCAAGAUAAGUUGGGUGUUUUAUUUGCCAAUAUUGACAUCCCAUUAACAAAUGGUGAUCCAAACAGUAAACACAGUAUGCAUUUAUAUUUGCACUUCAAUGAACCUUUGUCACUCAUAUACUUAAACCAUCAACUAGUUUAGCCCACUCAACCCUUGGUUUCAAUGACAUGCUUUUCUUCAGCAAAUAUCCUACUCGUGCCCGACAUCUCUACAUGAGCCACAAACCAAAUUGAGCCUGUAUUUCACUUGUUUUACUUACUCCAAAGUGCUUAGUAUUUUUAUUCCUGCUUCUAUUGUCAUGUGUUGUAGGAAAUAAAUAUUGCGUGACUUGUUUGUUUUUGUACAUGUUAUUUUCAUUCAGGACAGUUGUAAGAAAUAAUGCUUCUAUCCUCACAUUCCAUUUUAAUUUACAAUUUCAACCCAAGUGUGUUUGAUGGGCAGGUAAUAGGUAUUUUUAAAGCCUCCCCUCAACAAAAUUUGUGACAUUGAUAAAUAUUGUAAUUCAACUUCAGAUCUGUAAUCUAUUAAGUCCCAUCGAGUGUGACAGAUUGGCUAAGUAGGUGAGGGCAGGUUGCUUUCCAUGCGGCUCCUAUCACUUGGGAGACUGUUCCAGAACAUGGCAUGUGUUAUGUUUCUUUCAUGUUCUGUGCUAAGAGUUUUGUAACAUUGGAUACAGUACAACUGUCACUGCACAAGUUAAAUAAAAUCCUGCCUGUGGAACUGGAA